CCCGAGUCCCGCCAGAAAGUUUGUCAAGCUAGAAUCUAGAAAUUAGGUUAUGAAUGUUGGUUGAUUGCUAGAGUAAAUCUAUUAUUUCUUUUUGAAAACCUCGGUAUAUAUGUUAUUUAAGUAACGGGAAAGACCCUUUCUCAACCAUUACUAAUGCAAUUAAAGGAAACCAAAGAGAUGGGGUCUAGAAUGAAGAGCAACGGUGUGGGUCGCCGGAAGGACGGAGACGUGUCGUUGAACAUGGAGUGUGGAGACGAGGACUUGUCGGAAGCUCAGCUAUCCGCCUACAACAAGGCGAUGAUACAGUACAGAGAGACAACCAAUAGCAUUGAUAACCUGCUGCGCGCUGGUGUCAUCGACAUCACAGAGCGAGGACAGGACUACAUCUCCAUUGAGUUUAAGGAAGGUCUGAAUGGUGUGAACGGCACCAAAGUGAAGCCCCCGGUGAUGCCGACCAGUGGACCCAGACCAGCCGGCACCCCAUUGCUGCUGUCGGUUUCAGUUUGA